AUGGCCGAUCAUAACACUACUCAUUCGGGAUUUCGAGCAGCCGGUCUCAACCCCAGCUGGAAAUCCUUAUUCAUUUUUACGACCCGCAGGGACGUACCUACACUCAUCAUAGGAGGUGUCUUUGCCCUGCUCGCUGGAUGCGUCACACCGGUUCUAGCUGUCUUUCUGGGAAAUGUGUUCGAUGCGUUUACGGCUUUCGGGGCUGGACAGAUUGCCGCUGACGGACUUCGAAACAAAAUCGUGACUAGCUGCUUCGGCAUGCUCGGGCUAGGCGCCGCUGGCUGGUUGCUCAAUAGCGCCUACUUCGCAUUAUUCAUUGCAUUUGGGGAACUACAGGCUUCUUACAUCCGUAGCAGGGUCUUUAGUGAGCUAAUCACACGAGAUGUGGAAUGGUUCGAUGCACAACCGGAGGGAUCUGGAGCUUUCCUGUCCGGAAUUCAAGCUCAGAUUCAUGACCUUCAAACGGCAACCUCCCAGCCCCUAGGACUGCUUUUUCAAUACUUGUGUCGAUCAUUAGCGUCACUGGGUCUGGCUUUCUAUACUUCGUGGAGGCUAUCUCUGGUAACACUGGCCGGAAUUCCAAUAUUCUCGGCCAUCAUUGCCUUCCUCUCCACACGAAUGAAACCCAGUAUCGAAGCACAGCAAGGGGCGUUAACUCAGGCAUCAAAGAUUGCGAGCAAUGCAAUCUCUUCUAUCGAUGCAGUCAAAUGCUUGAAUGGCCAGAAAAUGGAAUCCUGGAGUUUCUCUCGUUGCAUCGAGGAGUCAGCCGUCCAUUAUCUUAGACAAGCCAGGCUAAAUUCGUUGCAAAUUGCAUUCAUUCGGUGGAUGAUGUUUGGCAUGUUCGUCCAGGGCUUCUGGUAUGGCAGCUCCCUUGCUCGAGCGGGGAAUAUUACCUCUGGUGAAGUUAUGAGGACAUUCUGGGCAUGCUUGACUGCAGCGCAGUCCAUUGAGCAAGUCCUGCCACACCUGAUUGUCAUGGAGAAGGGUCAGGUCGCGAGCGUCAUGCUGAGGGCAACCAUGCAUGAACGGGUAGAAGAGCGUGUUGUGUGUGAGAUGACAGGUACUUUGUACCCGCAACACUGUGAGGGUGAUAUUGAAGUGAACAAGGUAUCCUUUUCGUACCCCGGUCAGCCAGAUCGCUGUGUUCUCAGACCAUCGACAUUUUUCUUCCCGGCCGGGGACAUUACCUUCAUCAUAGGCAAGAGUGGCUCUGGAAAAAGCACCCUUGGCCAGCUGCUGAUGCGAUUUUAUCUGCCUUCUUCGGGCGAGAUUUUAAUUGACGGGAAUCCAAUCGAGACACUCGACAUUAACUGGAUCAGAAACAACAUAACUCUGGUAGAACAGCGCAGUGUGCUAUUCAAUGACUCAGUGCUGAAGAAUAUUGCCUUCGGUCGUCAAGACUACAAUACGGUGUCUGCAGACGAUGUUCACGAUUCGAUCGAUGUUGCCAUGCUCCAGAACAUGCUCAGCAAUCUGCCCAACGGGCUUGAUACUUGUGUUGGCCCUGGUGGGAAUCUUCUGAGUGGUGGUCAAAAGCAGCGAGUUGCCAUCGCCAGAGCGAGAUUGCGUGAUACGCCGAUUUUGAUACUGGAUGAACCUACCAGUGCUCUGGAUCACGAAAAUCGCGUGGCAGUGAUGAAGGCAAUCCGGGAAUGGCGUAGCGGAAAGACGACAAUCAUCAUCACGCACGACAUGUCUCACAUUACCGGCCAAGACUUCGUUUACAUGCUCGAAAAUGGGUCAAUUGUGCAGAGCGGGUACAGGGAUGCCGUGGAGAAGCAACCUGGAAGCGACAAAUACUUUCGCAUCACGGCCAAAGACAAUUCAAAUGGCAAGUCACGGUCGAAGUCGAUAGACGAAAGAUAUCAUGGCCGGCCUUGGGAACAUUCCUCUCGCCAAAGUCUGGCAAACAAGCCUGUCAUACCGCCCCAUGCGCGCCAUGAUCCCAGGGAAACAUCGAUGCAACCUCACAUUCGAUCUAGUUCAUGGUCAGGUACAUGGCAUACAGCAUCAAGAUGUGAUUCCAUCUACUCUGUUAAUGGCGCUAUGCUAAACGUUUCGUAUCCUCUCAGAAAACGGGGGACUUUCUUGAGCAUACCGAGAAGAGAGGUGUCACCAGCACGCCCGAGUUCUUACUACGCAGCACCAGAGGAGGAUCUUGAGAUGAUCCACAUUGACCAUCAAGACUCUGUUGCUGAGAAAUCACCUGUUCCAUACCUCACUCUUGAUAAUCCAGAAUCCAAACAGCACAGUCUUGCUCAGAGGAGGCGGGAGUCAAAGCGACAAAAGGAAGCAACUGAAAAGGGCAUGGCUUCAUUGUCCCACAUUAUGGGCACCAUCGUGCCUACAUUGACCCCAAGUCAACGUAUCAUCCUCUUUCUGGGCAUCGUAUCGGCACUAGCUCAUGCAAGCGCGACACCGAUCUUCUCCUACUGUCUGUCCCAGCUAUUCGGCUCAUUCUACGCAGGUACGAACAGCGCCAAGUUCACAAUGAAAUGGUCACUGGCUGUACUAGGAGUCUCCGUCGGGGAUGGCCUGGCUUCCUUUUUCAUGCAUUACUUUCUCGAAGUCUGUGGCGAGAGGUGGAUGGACACCCUCCGAAAGAGAGCAUUUCAGCGAGUGCUCGAACAACCUCGAGCAUGGUUCGACCAAGAGGGAAAUAAUUUGUUCAGGCUCACAGCUUACCUGGAUCAAAAUGGCGAGGAUAUGCGGAACUUGCUCGGUCGCUUCGCUGGAUACCUCAUUGUUGCUGCGUCAGUUACAGCCAUGGCAAUUAUCUGGAGCUUAAUAGUCUGCUGGAAGUUGACGUUGGUGGCCCUUGCGUGUGGACCUCUCAUGUACGUGAUCGCCCGAGGGUUUGAGGGAAUCAAUGCCCUCUGGGAACAGCGAUGCAGCGAAGCCAGCCGUGCUUCCUCGGAUAUCUUUACCGAGACCUUUGCAGAGAUUCGCACUGUGAGGACUUUGACGCUUGAGGGAUACUUUCAUAACAAACAGACAGACGCUAUCUCGAAGUGCCUACAGCUGGGCAUAAAACGCGCUAUUUACUCUGGUUUGCUUUUCGGCAUGCUAGAGUCGACAGUGACACUCGCGACCUUCAUCUUCUACUAUGGUGCCGUGCUCGCGGUAUCUGAGUUUACUGUCAAUGAAGUAAUGAUGGUGUUUUCGCUGCUUCUUUUCGGCAUUGGAUACGCAGCACAAAUCUUAUCGUGGAUUCCCCAAAUCAAUACUUCUCGCGAAGUAGCUACUCAUCUUCUUCGUCUUUCAAAACUUCCCGAUGCCAAUUCGCACGAGCAUCGGGGUGAUCUCAAGAUUGCCAGGCUAACGCCCAUCCAACUCACCAAUCUAGGCUUCCGGUAUCCUUCCCGACCAAACAUCUCAGUCCUGAAGGAUGUCUCGAUCACAAUCGCGCAGAAUUCGUGCACGGCGAUCGUUGGUCGCUCCGGCUCCGGCAAGUCUACCAUCGCAUCUCUACUUCUCGCGCUGUAUGAGGCACCAGUAUCCAGAGAUGGCCGACCUACAGUAAUGCUCGGGGGAGAAGACAUAUUACGCCUGCAUGUUCCAACACUGAGAUCACAUGUCUCUAUCGUGUCGCAGCAGCCAACUAUCUUCCCUGGAACGAUCUACGCGAAUAUCGGCUACGGAGUCUCGGACAAAGCAUCCAUACACAGUGUCCGCAUUGCCGCUGAAGCAGCCGGUAUCGAUGAGUUCAUCCUAUCACUGCCGAAGGGAUAUUUCACUGUCAUCGGUGACGGUGGCGUUGGCCUGUCUGGCGGUCAAAAACAACGGCUGGCCAUAGCUCGCUCUCUGCUCCGGAAGCCCCAGAUCCUCAUAUUGGACGAAGCGACGUCCAGUCUCGACCCUGUUGGUGCUGAGGUGGUUCGACAAACGGUACAGCAGCUUGUAGCUACCCGAUGUGGGCUCACCGUGAUUAUCAUCACACACGCGAAGGAGAUGAUUGAGAUCGCAGACCAUGUCAUUGUUCUUGAUCAAGGAAUAGUGGUGGAAGACGGGCCGUACCGGGUUCUUGCGCAGCAAGUAGGGGGCAGACUAUAUGAGCUGGUCAAUAACCCCGACGAAAGUGGCUUUUCAUGA